ACUCUGGAGGACUACACUCGUUUUCUUUUGGCCGUGAGAGGCCCCGCAGCCUUCGCUGAGCUGGGAGAAAGAUGGCGGCAGCCGUGCGACAGGAUUUGGCCCAGCUCAUGAAUUCGAGCGGCUCUCAUAAAGAUCUGGCGGGCAAGUAUCGUCAGAUCCUGGAAAAAGCCAUUCAGUUAUCUGGGGCAGAACAACUAGAAGCUUUGAAAGCUUUUGUGGAAGCAAUGGUAAAUGAGAAUGUCAGCCUCGUGAUCUCUCGCCAGUUGCUGACUGAUUUCUGCACACAUCUCCCUAACCUACCUGAUAGCACAGCCAAAGAAAUCUAUCAUUUCACCUUGGAAAAGAUCCAGCCUAGAGUCAUUUCAUUUGAGGAGCAGGUUGCUUCCAUAAGACAGCAUCUUGCAUCCAUAUAUGAAAAAGAAGAAGAUUGGAGAAAUGCAGCCCAAGUGUUGGUGGGAAUUCCUUUGGAAACAGGACAAAAACAGUACAAUGUAGAUUAUAAACUGGAGACAUACCUGAAGAUUGCUAGGCUAUAUCUGGAGGAUGAUGAUCCAGUCCAGGCAGAGGCUUACAUAAAUCGGGCAUCAUUGCUUCAGAAUGAAUCAACCAAUGAACAGUUACAGAUACAUUAUAAGGUAUGCUAUGCACGUGUUCUUGAUUAUAGAAGAAAAUUCAUUGAAGCUGCACAAAGGUACAAUGAGCUCUCUUACAAGACAAUAGUGCACGAAAGUGAAAGACUAGAGGCCUUAAAACAUGCUCUGCACUGUACCAUCUUAGCAUCAGCAGGACAGCAGCGUUCUCGGAUGCUUGCUACUCUUUUUAAGGAUGAAAGGUGCCAGCAACUUGCUGCUUAUGGAAUCCUCGAGAAAAUGUACCUAGAUAGGAUCAUCAGAGGAAAUCAACUUCAGGAAUUUGCCGCCAUGCUGAUGCCUCACCAGAAAGCAACUACAGCUGAUGGUUCUAGCAUCUUGGACAGAGCUGUUAUUGAACACAAUUUAUUGUCUGCAAGCAAAUUAUAUAAUAAUAUUACCUUUGAGGAACUUGGAGCCCUUUUAGAGAUUCCUGCAGCUAAGGCAGAAAAGAUAGCAUCGCAAAUGAUAACAGAAGGACGUAUGAAUGGAUUUAUUGAUCAGAUUGAUGGAAUAGUUCAUUUUGAAACACGAGAAGCCCUGCCAACCUGGGACAAACAGAUCCAAUCGCUUUGUUUCCAAGUGAAUAACCUUUUGGAGAAAAUCAGUCAGACAGCACCAGAAUGGACAGCACAAGCCAUGGAAGCCCAGAUGGCUCAGUGAACCCUUGCAGACCUUCUGUGCGCAUUACAUCUUUUUCCAUGUUGUACAGAUUAAUUUCACUAUCUCUCAAAAGCAUUUGCAUCAUGACCUUACAUAUUUCAAUCCCUUUUAUGCUGGAUUCAAUUUAAAGAAGACAUUAUUAGAGCAGGAAGUACAAGCAUUUAAAAAUAUGUAGUUCCCAUUUAUUCAGGGUCUCUGUAUCAGGCUAACUCAGAUGUCUUGAAAGCUUUUUCUUUAAACAGAGUAAGUGAAGUAUCUGUGGCUAAAAAGUUUGGGAUUUGUGAUAACUUUGUAGUUAUGUAAAACUUAAGUGCUUUGUGCCUCUCCACAUGUGGUUAUUCUAAUAAAUGGAGAAGUGAGCCAAAUAAAAGUAGUACUUUGUUUUUAA